UGUAUCUGAGUGUCCACGUCUGUGUAUAUGUGUGUGUGUGUGUAUAAGUGUGUGUGAGUCUGUGUAUAACGUGUGUGUGGAUGUGUCUGUGAGUGUGUGUCCGUGUGAGAGUCUGCCUCUGUGCACCUGGGCGUGUGAGUGUGAGAGUCUGUGCCUGUGAGUGUGCAUCUGUGCAUACGUGUGUGUGCGCCUGGCCCAGCCACCGAAUGCAAUUCCUGACUCCUGCUUCCCUUUCUGUCACUUCUCCGUAAGUGUCCGCAUUUCGGUUGGCCUGGUGUCUCGCGGUGGCUUCCUCUUUUCCUGCAUCCCUAUAUUUCAUUAUUCGCCCUUGUUCCUCUUCUAGGCACUUACAAUUCAGCCAGGAGGAUGUGGAAAUCCAGUUACAAUAUGACACAUGCCUCCGUGUCACAAUCGCGCUCUCAGGCCCUGCCUCCUGGAGGCAUCUGGACGGGGGCAGAGGGGGGAGGAGGGGAGCUGGUGUGGACAGAGGGCCGGACAGAAUGCAGAAGUUGGGGCUUCUGGAAACCCGAGGGCCGGCGAUCGCUGGGAUGGUUUUCCUCGGAAGCCUGGAGUUUCCCAUCCGUGGCCGGAUUCCAGCUGGGGCCUGAGGCCGCGAGCCUGCAAGUGCGUGUUUCUGCUUCGGGAGCCUCUUCCCUCCAGGCCACCCCACGGCCCCCAGUGUCCCUCUGUCUGUGGGGUGUGGGGACAGUGUCCUCUGCCCAGAGUCCCCCUGCCCCUGGCCACCUCCAUCCUGACCUUGACCCCGUUCCCCCAAGGGACCCCCGACUUCAUCUCGGCUGCCCCAUCGUCCCCCUCUGCAGCCCCACGGUCUGGGCAGUGGGGAGGACCACCCGUCACACACACACCGCCAUCCCUGCAUUGCUGCCCUUCCUGGAAGCCAGACCUGUGUCCCCUCUCCCACCACGCUGUCCCCACGGUGGACACAACCAUCUCCCUGAGAACGAGGACUUCCUCUCACGCUCUACUCCCUGGGGGCAGGGCUGGGGUUUCGCGUGGGCCUUUCUCUGCUCACCCUCACAUUCCUGCAGCCAGAGACUGUGUCUUCCCCCGGAGAUGGCUCUUGUGACCCACUUGGGGCUUUGCACCCAAUGCGUGCAGUGCCUGGAACAUACACCGGUCCUCUGAGGGCGUGCAGGGUGGCUCUGUCCUCCAGGGCCAUACGGGAUGUGUCCAUCCUCCAGGGCCGUGUAGGGUGGCUCCGUCCUCCAGGGUCGUGCAGGGUGGCUCUGUCCUCCAGGGCCGUGCAGGGUGCCUCUGUCCUUCGAGGCCAUGCAGGGUGGCUCUGUCCUCCAGGGCCGUGCAGGAUGGUUCUGCCCUUCGAGGCUGUGCAGGGUGGCUCCGUCCUCCAGGGCCGUGCAGGAUGGUUCUGCCCUUCGAGGCUGUGCAGGGUGGCUCUGUCCUUCGGGGCCAUGCAGGGUGGCUCCGUCCUCCAGGGCCAUGCAGGGUGGCUCCGUCCUUCGAGGCCAUGCAGGGUGGCUCUGUCCUCCAGGGCCAUGCAGGGUGGCUCUGUCCUUCAAGGCCGUGCAGGGUGGCUCUGUCCUUCGAGGCCGUGCAGGGUGGCUCUGUCCUCCAGGGCCGUGCAGGGUGCCUCUGUCCUUCGAGGCCGUGCAGGGUGGCUCUGUCCUCCAGGGCCAUGCAGGGUGGCUCUGUCCUUCGAGGCCAUGCAGGGUUGCUCCGUCCUCCAGGGCCAUGCAGGGUGGCUCCGUCCUUCGAGGCCAUGCAGGGUGGCUCUGUCCUCCAGGGCCAUGCAGGGUGGCUCUGUCCUUCAAGGCCGUGCAGGGUGGCUCUGUCCUUCGAGGCCGUGCAGGGUGGCUCUGUCCUCCAGGGCCAUGCAGGGUGGCUCUGUCCUUCGAGGCCAUGCAGGGUGGCUCCAUCCUCCAGGGCUGUGCAGGGUGGCUCCGUCCUCCAGGGCCGUGCAGGGUGGCUCCGUCCUCCAGGGCCGUGCAAGAUGGUUCUGCCCUUCGAGGCUGUGCAGGGUGGCUCCGUCCUCCAGGGCCGUGCGGGGUGGUUCUGCCCUCCGGGGCCGUGCAGGGUGGCUCCAUCCAGCGGCCUCCUGUCAUAAGCUCCUGAACUGCUAUCCAGGAGGGUUCGCCCCACCCAGGCAUUCUGAUCUCGGUCGCUGUGAUGUGUUUGACUCCCAAAGCAGGUGGGCACACAGGGCAGCCUUGGAGUGACAAAGACGAGCUCUGGGGUGAAGUGUGUGGGUUCGAGUCUCUGCUCUGCCCCGUCCCAGCAGGUGGCCUCUGGGGCCCGAUUUCCCUCCUUUGUAAACUAAGGUCACAGUUGCCACACGGGGCUGCUUCAAGAUCGGAAGAACUGUCGUAUGCAGAGCGUGCCACAUGGCGGCGGGCACGGGGUAGCCGCUCACGAGGGCGUGGGGUCAGCCGCGGGGGCCGAGCAGCCUCGACGUGGACCUUGCUUGUGUAGUCGCUUGGAUGUGGCGUGGGAGCCAGCAUGGCCUGCGCUGGUCCUUUCCAUGUGCUUCUGGGUAAACAGUGUUGAAUCAUAAAACGACAGAGUGGAGGGGAAGGGAGGAACCCCUCUCGGUUCAAAGAAACUCGCUUAAGUGAAGCCCAGGACUUUCUGAGACACUCGAAUCCUGAGAAGCAGCUGACAUCUACCAGGAAGACAGCCUGAUCUUCGAAGGUUCUUCCCAAGACCUGUGCAGUUUUGGCCGAGGUGCCGGGAAGCAGGAGUAAUGAGUAAUGAACUGAGUAAUGAGCGAAUCCCAGAGGGACACCGUGGGGCCUCCGGCAUCUCUGCUCUGUGGCUCACUGCCUUCUGCCCUCCCGGUGUGUGGGGACGGGACGGGACCUUUGAGUCCGGUGGCAGAUGGGAGGGGACUGAGACUUGGUGAGGCAGUGAUGGUCUCUCAAGCCCCCGGCGCCUCUGGGGGCAGGGGUGGGGGAAGGAGGGUGCAAGCAGGUCCUUCCCAAACCUACCUCCGCUUCUCCUCCGGGUGGUCAGAGCCCGAGCCCUGGGACCAGCACUGAUGAUAAUAUCCCCAGACGUCCUUGUGAGCACUGAUAAAGCACCAUAUGCUUAGUGGUCACGGAGCCUAGUGCUAAAAGUUAGGAAAUAGGGAGAGAGAGAGAUCAAGGAGAAGGGGGCAGGGAAGGGGAAGCUUUCAAGAAUCCCUUAGGAGGGGCGCUUGGGGGGCUCUGUCAAUGAAGCAUCAGACUUGAGCUCAGGCCACAAUCUCACAGUUCGUGAGUUCAAGCCCCACGUUGGGCUCUGUGCUGACAGC